AUCCCGAUGGAACUGGCAGAUAGAGUUAAAGUUUAUGGACACGGGGGAAAUGCUCCUAAAGAUUUGGGAACAUUAGGUCCAAGAUUGGUCAGUGCAUUACAAACUGAAAUUCGUGACCAAUACUUUACAGAAGAGUUUAGAAAUGCCAUUUUUACUCUUUGUGCAAUUGACCAUAAGAACAAGAAAUGA